AUGGAAUGGGUCGUCGAGUCGUCUCCGGUGGCUGUCACCCGGCGGAGCGGAAAAAUGGCGACUUUGCGGCUCUCUGGCGGCUGUCACCCGACGGAGAGGAGCUGGAUGGAGGUGGGGCGCGUGUCAGGGAGCUUCAUCCUCAGGUCCGCGCAGCAAGAGGAGGCUCUUCAUUGCAUCUGGUACGCUCUCAGGAGGUGGCGACUCGUCUCCCGGCGGAUCGUCCUCUUCCCGACGACGGCUUGUUCGUCGAUCAAUCGGAGAUGAUUUACUCGAUGGAUUCGCGAUCCUUUUAUCGCGAAUCAUUCAGCAAUUUUAGUAGCAAUGCUCUGCGAAUCGCGUUGACGAGAUUUUCGCCGAUGAUCCAGCGAUUCUCGUUGCUUAAUCCUUCACCGGCGAUCUGUAGGAAAGUCGCGAUAAUCAGAUAAAAAUAUAUAAAUUUUGACUCUGGGAGGAUUCAAACCCGCGCCGGUCGCCCGCCUUUGAGGAGGGUGUGACGCGGGUUUAGUCCCACAUCGGUUGUGCGCCGAGUUUUCGGGCGAAUAUAUUGUAAUAUUAGCUUUGUAAGCAAAGUCCCUUCUCUCGCGUGUACGACCACUCCUUGCCCUACAGCCGGCAAGCCACCGGUGACGUGGAAGGGGAGUGGCGCACACGUGCCCCUAUCGGUCCAAGCCGCUCGAGCCCCUACUCGCGGCUACUCCCCGACUGAGCUUCCGACCCGCUUGUAGGCCCGGCUGGCCGGCGGGUCCCUCCCUCAUUUUGUCUUAUUUUUAUUUAUUUUUCUUUAUUUAUCUCAAAAGUAAGACUGUAAAAAUCAUAUAAAUUCAUGUAAAAUCACAUAAUUACCCAAAAAUUCACAUUAAUCAACUAAAAACCACUUUUCACACUUUAACACAAAUAUAAGUCUAUUUAUCAUGAGUUAAGGCUAAAACUAUAUUAUUUACUAAUUAUUAACUCAUGAUAAUGAGACUUAUCAAGCUUCAUCUUCAGGUCCGCGCAGAAAGAGGAAGCUCUUCAUCGCAUCUGGUAUACUCUUAGGAGGUGGCAACUCGUCUCCCGGCGGAUCGUCCUCUUCCCGACGACGGCUUGUUUGUCGAUCAAUCGGAGAUGA